UUUGUUUUAUAUUGCAGUAUAAGAGAAUGUGAAUAUUAUAUUCUUAAAACAAUGUUCACGAAAUAUAUGAUUAUUAGUUCUUGGUUUGGCCGUUGGUACCUGGUGGCGCUGAGAUCUUGGAUCGCACAAUGGCUGCCCAUUAGCAGUCCAUAGGUAUAUAGUCAAAGGUGUAAACGGUGAUAUUCAAGUAGCGAGCCAACUGUCCAAUCGCAGUCGACUAUUAUCUCCUAUUUAAUUUCUUAUUUCCACCAGGUCGGCGAUCUUCGGCGGUGCAUCGUCCGUGACGGCGACGAAGGAGGCCGAGCCGCCGAGCAGCUGUCAGUCGCCGCCAAUCGCCGCCAGUUAUGCGUGGUCGCGGUGAGAACGUCGCCUAAGUACCGGACUGUCUUGCCGCCAACGCGCCGUAUGACAGACGGAGCUGUCACGCGUCUGUAGAGCGUCGUCCAGUGCCGUCAUCGCCGUCGAGUCGCCGUCACCGCGCGCGCAGCAGAGGUACAAUACACAACUGCAAAACAAUGGCGAUGGGCAAGGGCUUCCGCGUCUAUGAGAAACUAGACUCGCCCAAGCCGCACUCGGUCAUCCUCGAGCAGCGGAACCGCAAGGAGACGCUGCUCUUCGAGUCGCAGGCGGUCGCUGUCCUUUCCACUGAGGAACAUGAAUUUCUGAAGCCGAAGUAUACCAAACUGCUGGACGCGCACGGAUGUCUGGGUGUUCUGCAGCUAAAUGCGGGGGAGAAUACAUUGUUGUACCUUGUCCUGGUCACCGGAUGCUUCUCUGUUGGCAAAAUCGGAGAGUCGGAGGUCUUCCGUAUCACGCAGUCGAGUUUUGUGCCUCUAUUCUACACUUCUCAGGGGACUGAGGACCGCGUGUCCGAAGUCAGGAAGGUCCUGAAUUCCGGAACGUUUUAUUUCUCCUGGUCUGCCGGCCAGGAGUCGCUCGACAUCACGCUGAGCGCUCAAAGAAGAUGCAAAUCGACGAUUACGGAUAACAGGUUCUUCUGGAAUCGAAUGUUGCAUAUACAUCUGCUGAGAUACGGCGUGGACACGAGCCAGUGGUUGCUGAAGGCGAUGUGCGGUAGCGUGGAAAUCAGAACCGUCUACGUCGGGCACAGACAGGCUCGAGCAGUACUUAUAUCUAGAUUAAGCUGCGAGCGCGCUGGUACGAGAUUCAACGUUAGGGGAACCAACGAUGACGGGCACGUGGCGAAUUUCGUGGAGACCGAGCAGGUGAUCUACAUCGACAAUGAAGUGACGUCUUACGUACAGACGAGGGGCUCGGUGCCGCUGUUCUGGGAACAGCCUGGCAUACAGGUCGGUUCGCACAAGGUGAAGAUUUCGCGCGGCUUCGAGAUGUCCGCGCCCGCCUUCGACAGGCACUUGGAAAUGAUCAAGAAGCGAUACGGGCAGCAAGUGAUGGUCAAUCUCCUCGGCUCGAGCCUGAUCGGUAGCAAGGAAGGCGAGGCGAUGUUGAGCCAGCUCUUCCAAACCCAUCACGGCAUGUCGGAGCAUAAGGACGUGCCGCACGUUCUCUUCGAUUAUCACCAGGAGUGCCGCGGCGGUAACAUGAAGAAUCUGUCGAAGCUGAAGGCGAAGGUCGAGAAGUACCUGGAAUCCUUCUCACUGUUCUACGCGGCCGGCAACACCGUGAUCCUCGAGCAAACCGGCACUAUCAGGACGAACUGCCUCGAUUGUUUGGACAGGACCAACUGCGUGCAGACGUUCUUCGCCCUGGAGAUGCUGGCGAAGCAGAUGGGUCUGCUGAAGCUGAUGGAGAAGCAACAGAUGGUCUCGAGAUUCGAGGAGGUGUUCCGCCAGAUGUGGAUCAACAACGGCAACGAGGUCAGCAAGAUAUACGCGGGCACCGGCGCCAUUCAGGGCAGCUCGAAGCUGAUGGACGGCGCGAGAUCGGCAGCUAGAACAAUACAGAACAAUCUGUUGGAUUCCAACAAGCAGGAGGCGAUCGAUAUCCUGUUGCUAGGCUCGACAUUGAAUACCGAACUGGCUGACAGAGCACGCCUGCUCUUACCUCCUAACAUGUUGCACGCCGCGCCGAAUCUUCUGCGCGAGAUAUGCAAGCGUUACAACGAGUACGUCGACACGAUGAAUCUUAGGGUGAGCGUCGGUACUUACAACGUCAACGGGGGAAAGCAUUUCAGAAGCGUAGUUUACAAAGAUCUCUCCCUGUCUGAUUGGUUGCUCGAUGGACCACACAGAUCUCCGUGCUUGGUAGACACAACCGCAGAACACGGUGAAGACAAUGUUCCUGUAGACAUAUUUGCGAUUGGAUUUGAGGAGAUCGUUGACCUAAACGCCAGCAACAUCAUGGCCGCCAGCUCGGACAACGCAAAGGCUUGGGCCGACGAGUUGCAGAAGGUGUUGUCCAAGGACACCGAGUACGUUCUCGUGACGUACCAGCAACUGGUUGGCGUGUGCCUCUAUCUGUUUAUACGACCCGUGCACGCGCCGUACUUGCGCGACGUCGCGGUGGACUCCGUGAAAACGGGAUUGGGCGGUGCCACCGGCAACAAAGGUGCCGCGGCGAUUCGAUGCGUUCUCUACUCCACGUCCUUCUGCUUCGUGUGCGCGCACUUCGCCGCUGGCCAGUCCCAGGUGGCCGAGCGUAACGCCGACUACGCCGAGAUCACGAGGAAGAUUACGUUUCCCAUGGGCAGGACCCUAAACACUCACGACUACGUGUUCUGGUGUGGCGACUUCAACUACAGGGUCGACAUGGACAAGGACGAGAUGAAGGAACUGAUCAAGCGAAACGAGUUCGAUCAGAUAUUGCAGUAUGACCAAUUGAGGAUUCAACAAGAACAGGGCAAUGUCUUCAAAAACUUCUUGGAAGGACCAAUCAUUUUCGCGCCUACGUACAAAUACGAUCUAUUCUCGGACGACUACGAUACCAGCGAGAAGUGCCGCACACCCGCCUGGACGGAUAGGGUCCUGUGGAAGCGUAGAAAGCAAGUACCUGACAUUGACUCGCCCACAGAUUGGAAUCCAGGGAAGCUUCUUUACUACGGCAGAGCAGAAUUGAAGCAAAGCGAUCAUCGGCCAGUGAUCGCAACGAUCGACAUUGACGUGCACUGUGUCGAUCCUGAGAAACGCGAGCGCGUGUUCAAGGAGGUGAUACAAGACCUGGGUCCACCCGACGGUACGAUAAUCGUCAAAGCCGUGGAGGAUGUUGAAGACAUGGACAGCGUGUUCGACAACAAUCUUAUGUUCGCGCUGAUACAGGAUCUGUCUCACAUCGGCGAGGCGAUUCUCGUCCGUUACGUUGGCGAGACCAUUUGGGUGACGUUCAGGGAUGGCCAGUGCGCCCUGGCAGCGGCGAAGAAGGGCAUGACGCAAGUGUGCGGCCAGACACUAAAGCUAUCGCUCAAGUCACCCGACUGGGUGCAGCUGAUUGAGAAGGAGAUCGAAAUCUGCAGCAACACCACGGCGCAGUUCACGACGGACUCGCCGCUGCGAAGUCCCGCGCAUCGACUGGAGCAGCUGGAAAUUGCCGAGCGACCGUCACCUAGCCGGGGCAUGUCCAGUCCAAACGGCAUGGCCCCACCGCCGAGACCGGCACCACCGGGUCGACCCGCGCAACCACCGAAGAGCCCCGCUCACGAGCGCAAGCAAGGCCCGCGAGCAGGCGUGUUCAGCGUAAUAGCCAACCAGUUCCCACCGAUGACGUCUCCGACAGCGGACAAGGCGGAGGAUUCUCUGCAGGACGAGAGACUGUCGCCGGACUCGGCCAUCUACGAGGAGAUACCAGACGGCUCGCCCAGCUAUCCCGUACCGAACCGACCGCCGCCGCCGUUACCACGCAUGGACGGUCCCCAGGAACCGUUGAGCAGACCCCCGCCCAGCUCGAUACCACCCCCGUUGCCGCACAGGCAGGCUCCGCCACCUCCGCAGCACCCACCGCCAAGUUUACCCCCACCGAACGUUCCGCCGCCCGUUCCGGCAAGGACCACCGGCGGGCCGCCGAUUCCAGCCAGAAAUCCUCACUAGGAAAAGAAUCGAGGCGAUCGGUUAGCGGAGACGAGGUAUCCGUUAUAUAUACACAUUCUAGUUUCCUUUUAGCGUUAUGAUUUAAUGAGUACGACUAUUUAUGAGACUAAACGGCGAGUUCUCGCUUCCGAGGUUCGCGUCCCAGAUCCAGAAGCGUAGCUUAAUAGAAACGUCAAAUCUGUUCUGUGAUUACCCUGCCAGUGGUAUUCAUCGAGUCGGUGGUAAUUGUAUAAAUUCCCGCGAGCUCCCUGACUGCGAGCGCGCGAUUAAUUGUAAAUUUAUAUUUGUAAGUCGUUAUUGAACCUACUGAUGAAUUCGCAUCUCUACACCCUCUUCGGUGGUAAUGAUAUACAUAUUAAUAUUAAUUACACCUGUUAAUCCAUUGAAUGGUGAUACGGGAAACCGCUAUUUUCGCUCGAGUGUUUAGAUAAGAUCGAGAGCUAUUGUUUCGAAGAAUCAAUCAAUUUAUAAUUGUUGUGUCGUGACACAGAGAUUUAAUAUGUACACGUGGAACCUGUUGAAAUCGUGAAAUUGGAUAUAUAUAUUACAAACAAGUUGAUAAUCGUCAGAGUUUAAAUGAUGGGAUACUUGCGGUAAUAAUAAUGAUAAAGUUACAUCGUCGCUUAUACUGCAUAUCAAUAAUGUGAGAUGCAACUCUCUCGAUGUUAGAACCGCUUCUUCUAAGGAGCUUUAGGAGUUUUUCGCAGUAUCUUACUAGUGUAUAAGCGUACCAAAAAUGUAACUAUAGUAAGGUCCCAAGAAACGAACUUAAUUUUACAUCUAAUCGUAAUGCGAUAUUCAGGAAAAAAGAUAGAGACUCGGAAGGAAGCAGUAUUCUCGUAAACGUAAGGUACUUCUUGUAAUCGCCAGCUCUUGAAUUCCCUCCCCCUUGGAUUCGCUUGUCCCCCAAAGGCGGCUAAUUUAAUUUAAGCUCCUACGUGUAAUUUAUCUGUAACUACUGCCUUUUGAUUUCAUAGUUCCUAUAUUUUGCAUUUCGUAACAGGCUCCGAAAGCGUCCGUCCCGACAUGAUCCAACGCCCGUCUACAUUUUGUUCCUUAAGAAUCCUCUCGAUUUUCAUUCUCCCAAGCACGACACACGGACAUCCUGUUAUUUCGACUGCCGCGUUACUUACGCCUCUGACCGGAAAAUAAAAUUCAUCGCACUCAUAUUUAAAGUAUCGUAAAUCGAGGAAGUGACAAGGAAAUGACGUAUAGCGUGGCAGUCAAAUUGUCCAUUAUCAUAAAUUGUACAUACUCGUUAUUAUCCAGUUUUUUUUUUUUUUUCGUCGCUCCAAAGCUCCGGCUUCAUCCUCGUCAUUCCUCAGUACGUCGCAAGGGUGGCUCUAAUUGCGGGAGAAAAUGAACGUAUACAUACGUGUAAAGUAGCAUAAUAAAGGAUGGGUACGUAGCAAUGUAAGGGAAAAUUGUUUCCGACACGUGCACUUACAAUACGGGCUUCGUCCUGCACCGACACUGCAUCUCUUCACGCUUGCGUACAUAGCUAAUGUGUGACCUGUUAGCUAAGGUCGACACACACAUGUACAAGAUGUAAAACAUUGGACAUUGUACAUAUAAUGUAUUCUCAGUGGUCUAAUAAAGAAAUCAGGCCGGAACCGGGGAGAACUUGAACGG